AUGGAAGGUAAAAAAGAAGAGGGUAUAAGGAAAGGGCCAUGGAAAGCAGAGGAAGACGAAGUGCUGUUAAAACAUGUGAAGAAGUGUGGCCCAAGAGACUGGAGCUCCAUUCGAUCCAAGGGUCUCUUGCAGCGUACCGGAAAGUCAUGCCGGCUCCGUUGGGUCAAUAAGCUCCGACCCAACUUGAAGAAUGGGUGCAAAUUUUCGGUGGAGGAGGAGAGGGUGGUGAUAGAGUUGCAAGCACAAUUUGGGAACAAAUGGGCAAGAAUAGCGACCUAUUUGCCGGGGAGGACAGACAAUGAUGUCAAGAAUUUUUGGAGCAGCAGGCAGAAGAGGCUGGCUAGGAUUCUGCAGACAUCAGCAGCAGCACCAGCCACACCCUCCUCCAAAUCACAUAAAACCAAAAGGGAAGUCUCUGUUUUUCAUGAGCUUCCCACCACUAUGGAGGCUACAAAAUUCAAUUGCUCAUCGGAGGGAGAACCAUCGUUACAAGCGCAACCAUGCUUGUCACCGCCACCUUGCUUUCGGAACUCCGAGAUCAUCAAAAUGGUGCCGCUGCCGGAUAUUGUUAAGCCCAAGUCUCUUUGCUUCGAAACAAAUCCUGUUCAACAUGAGCUCCCCAUAACUGAUAAGGAUCCAUGGACUGAUUCCCACACUGCAAUCCCUUUCCUGCAGAACCCACAGCCCCAAACAGACCAAAUAUUCUCAUCCGAAACGCAAGAAUUCUUGGCAAGGUUCGACCCCUAUUUCGACAUGUUAGGACCUCUGGAUGCUUUGGGGCUUGGAAACGGAGGAGAACCACUUGUCAUGGAGCCUCCAUUGUUUGAACCAGUAGGAAGCUGUCUAAGUUGUGAGGGGGAGAGAAUCGACCAUACCAUGACUCCAGAUUGUGUGUUCGAUGACUUCCCGACAGACAUGUUUGAUCAAAUUGACCCGCUUCCGAACACAUCAGGAUCAGGGCAGCAUUGA